CCUACGCUAAGCAAAUGUGCAAAAUAUGUGUGGUGGUCAAGUUAAUAUUGAGCACAUGCGAGCAGAUGAAAAUUUCAUCUGCUGACGGGGCCGUCCAUAUACUACGUGCAGAGUCGGUGCCACUGAAAUUUGAUCAAGUGUCUUAGUAAACAUGGGUCCAUUUUGGAAGACCAAGGAUACGUCUCGAGUGAAUAAGGUGCUCAACGAAAAGGAGGUUCAUGUUCCUCCGAAAGUUCAGGAGACUGACCCAAUCACGCUGGCCAGGCGACAAAAGCAGAUCAACUAUGGCAAGAAUACGGUGGAAUAUGCCAACUAUCUGAAUACGGUUCCAAAAGAGGCUCGAUCACCAGCAUCACCAGCCACACCGAAUAUGCGUAAGAAGGCUAGUCGACGAGGGUGGGAUGGAGAGGUUCGGAUGUGGCGGCUCCUUCUUCAUGCUUACAAUCCAGAUGGACCCAACCCUAAGAACAAUAAGUUGUCUAAACAAUGCAAUAAUUAAAUUCAUAUAAACAAUAGUUAAGAACAGGAGGAAUAAAACCUUUGAUUUUUCGAAUAUCA